AUGCUCGCUCAAUUGAUGAAGUGCGACGAAGAAACACCACCGUGUACAGUAUUUGGAGGAGCGUCUUUGGAGCAGAAUAAGGAAGGUUCAAUGUUGAUUUGCAGCUAUAUGGUUCUAGGCUUAAUGGUAAAGAAGGUUAAGGAAACACCGUUAACGAAGAUUAAACGAGCAGGGCGAGCAAUGUACAAGAAAAGUCAAGGCUUACUGUAUCAGCUGGCGUGGUUCUCGGUUACGGGGUACGCUCGCUAUUAG